GCUAUGGGGCUGGGGAGGACACGGACGGACGACAACCCCCUCAGAAUGAGAGGGGAGCUGGGGCUGGGGAAGGCUGUGGGGCAGCUGUGGGGCUGCGGGAGUGGCUGUGGGGCUGUAGGCUGGGGUUGGGGGGGCUGUUGGGCAACUAUGGGGCUGGGGAGGAUGUGGACAAACCGACGACCCCCUCAGAAUGGGAGGAGGGCUGGGGAUGGAGGGGCUGUGGGGCAGCUAUGGGGCAGCUGUGGGGAUUGGAGGUAGACGACAACCAGCAUGUGAGGGGCUGGAGGGGUUCAGGAGGCUCUGUGUGGGUCGGGGUGGGGUGGGGGGGCUUCAUGUGGGGCUGGGAGGCGCCUGGGGGCCAAGAGCCCCACGGCACUGCCCCACAGCCGGGAGCCCCACAGAGCUGGCCCACGGCGCUGCCCCGUGGAUGGACUCACAGCUGCCCCACAGACAAACCCCAGCCCCACGGCAGGACGGGAUGGGGCUGCCCCACAGUGGCUGCCCCAUAAUGCUGCCGCUGCCCCAUAGCAGAGCCUCUUCCCCACGUUGCUGCUGGAGGGGAAGGGGAGGGCCAGGUUUGGGUCAAAUUGGAGCCACUUUGGGGUUAUUUUGACAUAAAACCCCGGGGUGGUGCCUCCCCUGCCCCACUCCCAGGCACGAGGGGGGGAGGGAAGCCAUGCCCCCCCCCCCCCGUGCAGGGGGCGAGGCCUAAAGGAAGCCACACCCAUUUGGGGGCGGGGCUCAAUGAGAGACCAGCCCCCGAUUGGUGUGGCUGCCGCUGGCCCCGCCCUCAGGGGGAGGAGCCAGCGCCGGGUCCUGGAAAUGCCACGCCCCCGCUAAGCCACGCCCCUCCCGUACACCUGGGUCCCCCGGGGGGGGGGUCGUGUUCCCCCUCCCCCUUUACUAUUAAAAGGCGCCUGUCCCUUUAAGCCGCCCCCAUUGUCUGCAACGCCGGCCAAUCAGCGUGCGCCCCGGUGGGUGGCCGCUGAUUGGCUGCGCUCCCAGCGCCUUUGCCUCCACCAACACCCCCGCGGACACACCCUGAUUGGCUGCGCUCCCUCCCCAAUCCCUUCUCUCCCACCCCUGGAGCUUGCUGAUUGGCUGCGCUUUCCUCUUUCCCGCCCCCGCCUACCCCCUCCCGGGCGGGCCCUGAUUGGCUGCGCUCUGCCCUGUCAAGGCCCCGCCCACCCCGGGCAGGCGCUGUCCAGUGCUGAACCCGCGGCCGCCGCCAUGAGCGGGGGGGUCUACGGCGGCGAUGAGGUGGGGGCUCUGGUGUUCGACAUCGGCUCCUUCUCGGUCCGGGCCGGUUACGCCGGGGAGGAUUGUCCCAAGGCGGAUUUCCCCACCACGGUGGGACUGCUGUCCCCCGAGGAUGUGGCCCUGGAGCUGGACAGUGACAAGGACAAGAAGGGAGGGAAGGUCUAUUACAUCGACACCAACGCGCUGCACGUGGCCCGCGAGGGCAUGGAGGUCCUCUCGCCUCUCAAGAACGGCAUGAUCGAGGACUGGGAGUGCUUCCAGGCCAUCCUGGACCACACCUACGGGAAACACGUCAAGUCAGAGCCCGGCCUCCACCCUGUCCUCAUGUCCGAGGCCCCGUGGAACACGCGGGCCAAGCGGGAGAAGCUGACGGAGCUGAUGUUCGAGCACUACAACAUCCCGGCCUUCUUCCUCUGCAAGACAGCUGUGCUCACCGCCUUCGCCAACGGGCGCAGCACGGGGCUGGUCCUGGACAGCGGGGCCACCCACACCACCGCCAUCCCCGUCCACGACGGCUACAUCCUCCAGCAAGGCAUCGUCAAGUCGCCGCUGGCCGGGGACUUCAUCUCCAUGCAGUGCCGGGAGCUCUUCCAGGAGAUGAACAUCGACAUCGUGCCGCCCUAUAUGAUCGCCGCCAAGGAGCCGGUGCGGGAGGGGGCCCCCCCCAACUGGAAGAAGAAGGAGAAGCUGCCCCAGGUCUCCAAGUCCUGGCACAACUUCACCUGCAACGAGGUGAUCCAGGACUUCCAGGCCUCGGUGCUGCAGGUCUCCGACUCCCCCUAUGACGAGCAGGUGGCCGCCCAGAUGCCCACAGUCCACUACGAGAUGCCCAAUGGCUACAACACCGACUACGGGGCUGAGCGGCUGCGCAUCCCCGAGGGGCUCUUCGACCCCUCCAAUGUCAAGGGUCUCUCGGGGAACACGAUGCUGGGGGUGGGACACGUUGUCACCACCAGCAUUGGGAUGUGCGACAUCGACAUCCGCCCGGGCCUCUACGGCAGUGUCAUCGUCACCGGAGGGAACACGCUGCUGCAGGGCUUCACCGACCGCCUCAACCGGGAGCUCUCCCAGAAGACACCCCCUAGUAUGCGCCUGAAGCUGAUCGCCAGCAACAGCACCAUGGAGCGGCGCUUCAGCCCCUGGAUCGGGGGCUCCAUCCUCGCCUCCCUUGGCACCUUCCAGCAGAUGUGGAUCUCCAAGCAGGAAUACGAGGAGGGGGGGAAGCAGUGCGUGGAGCGCAAAUGUCCCUGAGGCGGGGGGGGGGGACCCAGGCGUCCGGGGGAGUCCCCCUGCCCCCCCUUUCCUCUCACCGUUGGCGUUUCGGGGUCU